CAUAGGAAAUACACUCGCUAUAAUUUUUUUUGGAGCAGCCUCGUCCUGCACCGCCGACCAUAGUUGUUUUGCAGUCUUCAUACAGUGUAGCGGAGGGGUGGAAAGGUAAUGUAAUGUAAUGUACCUUGCCGUGGUCACUGACGGGUUCACGCCAGUUCACCGGGUUCACUUGAGGAGAGCUCCCACCCCCAGCUCGCCUCCUCUUCUUCUCAAAGCGCAGCGAUCGGAGCUAAUCCAAUAUUAUUCAUUUAUAUAUUAAUGUCGGAUUCCAUUUUUUCCCACCGACGGCUGAGGUUCCCUGGGAGCUGUUAAACUUGUCCAUGUGGCAGGAGUCCUAAAGUGGCAGAAGGCAUGAAGCAACACUGUGAUAUCAUAGUGGCUGGUCCAUGACACUAAAUUCCAUUCAACCCUCUCCACUAUCCACCCGCCCUCUGUUCUCAUCACACCGGACAACCAAUCACUCACGCUCCCAUUUACACAAAGCUGCACCAUGGCCAGCAAGAGGAAAUCCACUGUACCCUGCAUGAUACCAUCCAAAUCCAAACAUGUGCGUGAGGAAAUCAUACUGGGCUCGCUACCAGAACUCCUACCAACAAUCCCAGAAGAUAGCAUACUCAGCAUCUCUGGAGAAGAAUCUGGGCAUUUCUCUCACAGCUCCUCCAAAUCUGAAAGUGGCAGUGAGAUGCAGAAAGGAGGCACGUACAGCUGUCUGACUUGCCGUUUCGAGUCCAGAGAUCUCAACUACUUUUUGGAUCACAUGCACAACUGCCACUUAGACUUCAGGGCCCAGCCCACCUUCUACUGCCUGAACUGCGGGGUGUCAGUAGUCCGCUUCGAGGCUCUCGCUCUGCACAACGCCAAGGCCCACCCGAAGAUAAUGCAGGGCCUCGUUACUGCCUCUCUAGCCGUCAACAAGAGAGAUGGCGUAACAACUGUGGAGCAAAGCCUUUUCACGGACAGCGGAGAAGACUACAGAGAAUCUGGGAUCUCCCUCACCAAAACACCAAUUGCAAAGAUGAUGAAAGCCAAGGGGGAGCACAAAAAGAUUGUGGUUUCUCACACUGUGGAGGUACGGAAGAUUGACACUGGAAAGGAUGUAGACCCCAGCAUGCUGACAAAUGUGCCUGAACUCCAAAACGGGGCUCUCAGUAUUUCUGGUGCCCCAGCUAUGCCGAGGACCACUGUCACUCACGUGAUUGCGACGACAGUGUCCAACCAAGUCUUUCACCAGCACACUCCCUCCCUUUACUCUCCCCCCUCCUCUGAUUCCAAUAAAGACCUUCCAAAGGUAAUGAUCCCCCUCAGCAGCAUCCCCACCUACGAUGCCGCCAUGGACACCAGCAGCUUUCUCAAGACAUCCUUUGGCAAGUUUCCCUACCCGACCAAAGCAGAGCUCUGCUACCUAACAGUGGUGUCAGAGUUCCCCGAAGAGCAGAUCAAACUGUGGUUUACUGCCCAACGACUCAAGCAGGGCAUAAGCUGGUCUCCUGAAGAGAUCGAAGAGGCCAGAAGGAAGAUGUUCAACACCGUGUUCCAAGGUGGAGCACCCCAGAAGCAACCGACCACACCACGGCACGUCAAUCACAUUGUAACCCACCACACUGUAACUGCCCAUCCAGGCUCAAAAGGACCAAACUUUCAGAUGGCCAAAGUUCCAUACAGUGGUGUAAAGGCCAGGUCUGUCGGAGUCAUAGCCACACAGGCCAGCAUGUCAACCAACCCCCACAUUACCCGGGUCUCGUAUUCUACUCCGGUUGUCCCCCCAAAGUUCCCCUCUGUAGUCAGAACUACACAGGUACUGACCAAGAAUACUGAACCCACUGUGGAGCCGGAAAAGAGCAACGGCCUGGACAUGGCUGGGAGCAGCGGUUGCGUCAGUAGCACCAGCAACAUUCGAAGCAGCAGUAGCAGCAGCAGUUGCAGCAGUAGCAGCAGCAUCAGCAGCUAUUCCAGCAGUAGUAAUGGUGUUGACAGUUUCACCAGGAAACCGGUGCACAACAGCGGCCCAGCCAACGGCAUCAACAGCAUUGCCACUUGCUCUGCCAACAUUAGCAAUAAUGAUGAGCACUGUGUUGCUGACACCAACGGCAAACCAAAUGUCAAAAGCAACAGUUUACCAAUCGGAUCGGAAGGUUCAAACAGUAACAAGAGUCAAGAGUCCAUUGACAACACCAGCAAAUCUAACAUCACUUGUAACAAUCAUGACAGCAGCAUCAUCAGUGCACAAGAGCCAGCCCACGCCUCGAAGCCCGACGAUGAUCAAAACAAUUACAUCCACGUGACCAACAACAGCAGUAUUAGCAGCGAAUAUCCCAGUACUACCUGUAAUGACAGUGUCCCUAACCUGAAUCAUGCCAGCAAAUCCCCAACUGAAAGCACCAGCACCACUGUCAUUACAAAAAGCAGCUCAUCCAUUAUUGAAGAAGGUAAAAGCAACAAAGACUUUCCCAUCAAAGGCAUGUCAAUCUUACAGCAGCUCAUUAAGGAGGAGGACGCAUUUGCCGGGGACAAAAGCUGCCCCGAGCUCAAGCUUGACCCCAUCAAGAUCAACUUCAAGAGGCUGAAGAUGACUGAACCAGAGGCUACAUCAGAGAAUGCGCAUCAAGAACACAAGUCCGAAACUGCGGAGGGGUCGGCUUGUCAGGCGUCUUUUUCUCCCCCCUGGGGCCACAAGACCCCGCAGCAGUUGCACAUCCUCCGGCAGGUUUUCUCCAACACCCGCUGGCCCAGCAGCCAGCAGUACGAGGAGCUAAGCAUCCAGACGGGCCUUCCCAAGUCAGAGGUGGUGCGCUGGUUCAGCGACAGCCGGUACAGCCACAAGAACGGGCAGCUGAAGUGGUUGGAGAAUUACCAGCGGCCGCCCGCGGAGUCGGAGGAUGCGAGGGGUCACGGAGAUGCAGAGCUCGAGCCACCCAAGGACACUCCGGCGGCCAAAAAGAAACUUGCUGAGCAAGACAUGAACAAGCACCUUGAAGGAGAAGCAGGACUGAACUCAGGUCAGCGGGUUGUGUGGCAGGAUUCAUACUCACCGCUGCUGGGCCUGAUGGGAUCCGAGGGGAGCGGCGAGCGAGGCCAGCGUGACGAAUCGGGGCAGCCGGGAGCUUUGCAGGAUCUCUGGUCAGAGCGAGCGGAGGACCACCAGCAGCCAGUGGCUAGUCAGUCACUCAUUGAACAACAGACUGAUUCCAAUCAGGCCAGCAGGGAUCGCCUGAGGAUGGAGAUGCUGGAGGUGUGAUGAAGCAGGCCUGCUCUCGCCAGAGGACCAUGAUGUUCAAAAGCUGGCUCGCUCCCCUGGCCGUGGUCUUAACACAAAAGAAAAAAAAGAAAAAAAAAAAAGAGUGUUCAUAAUGACAGCAGAUGUGAUUGUAGCUGGACCGUUGGACUCUGACUGUAACUGUGAAUACCCCCCACCCCUCCUUCUCCUACUCUUCCUCCUCCUACUUCUCCUCCUCCUCCGCCUCCUCCUCCUCCUCUUCUUCUUCUUCUUCCAUCUGCCAUCACUUCCUGCCAUCGUCAAAAGAAAGAACUUCUCACCUUUGAGUCCUGUGAUGUUUAAGCCUUUCAUGCUUCUUUGUGGUUGUGUGGGGAGGGUGCACAAUGAGGUCAGUACGAGGGAUCAAAGACAAGAAAGAGAAAAGACGCACACUGACUGGAAAACUGACUUGAAUGAGCGAAGAUAGGGUAGGAUAGGGCCGAGAGAUAUUGUUCUGGGGUCAGAGGGAGAAAUAUAUAUAUAUGAUUGAAACUGCACUAUAAAAGAGGGUUUGUACUGACUGGACAAACAAAUGAUGUGUCAAGGAUAUGUUAUUGUUGGCUUUGUGAUAUUUUUUACUUUUUUAGCAACCAGUACUUCAGCACUGCCUUGAAUUUUACUUUUUUUCUCCUUUAUUUGGUUUUUCAAUUCUAUUUACUCUUCUAUAGUCACUGUAAGUCCAGAUGCAAUCAAACAUGUUUUAUUUAGAUCUGUAUAAAUGUUGGUGAUCACUUUUGCAGUUCAGCUACACGCAAGAGACUAUAUACAAUGCACUAAUGAAGACAGCAAUGCUAAAAAAAAAGAAUCACACUGCUCCACAGUAAAGGUAUUGACUGCUCCGUCAAGAUCAAUACACUACACUGCCCUGCAAACUGAACAGAGAGAAGCCUGUCACGCUAACGUUGCCUUACUCAGCUCUGUCCAUGUGUUUAUAUGACCUGUCUGUCCAUCACCUUGCUUUCCAGCUACUGUGCUGUCCAGAAGAGAAGAAGAAAAAAGAUUUAAAAAAAAGAUAAAACAUGCCAGUGCAUUGAUGGUCACUGUUGGUCUAUAUCUGUGAAACAAUCUUGUGCUGCUUUCUGUACACUUGGAGAUGUUUAACUUUAAGCUGUAAUUGUAUCAAAUAUUGUUACUGGCAAAAUGUUGUUUAAAGCAAAAUUAUCAAUUUGAUCCCUAGACACUGACAGAGUGAGAUAUUGUGCUAGCUAGAGAGCCAAAUGAGGAGAUCUUUGCUCUCCUCUGAAUUUUCUUGUUUAUAUGAACAUACAGUCACUACAUGAAUCCUACUAAGCUGCAUCUUUGUCAAGCUGCUAAUAGCUAAGAACGGUGCUAUACCAUCCAAAGUGAAAUUGGAGGUUGAUCUCCUACCAGCAGUGUAUGCACUUGUGUCGAAUGUUACAAAUUUAUUUUGGUUUGAGAUAAAUGGAAUCUGGACUUACGGUGUUAUGAUGACUUAAACUUUUAUGAAAUAGUCUGAUCAUAAAGCACUGUUGUAUCAUCCUUUCUACACUUCUGAAUCUUUACAGAAUAAACUGAAUACUC